GAUUACUAAAAUAAUGGGACCUAGCAACGAAUCUCGAUUUAAUAAACCAAAAAGACCCAGAAAUGUUGACUAUAGCGUAGACGAUGAAAUGAAAGGUGUUGGAGUUGAGGGAAAUUCUUCAAAUACUACAGAAAACCCUUUAAAUGGCGAAAAAGAACCGUUUAGUUUUCUUGCAAUGAUGGGGCGUUCAACAAAAGUUGGUGAUGAUACAAGUUCGCAACCGAAGUCAGAGAUUGGGAAUGUUUCUUUAUAUGGAGGGCCUGAAAAAUGUUCUCCUUCAUUUUUUGUUGACGAAAAUGAUGAAUUUGUUAAGAAAUCUGUACAAGCAUUUUGUAGAAAAAAUUCAAAAGAAGAAAUAUACGCUAAUUUUAACAGAAAUAGAGGGGCGGUUAUUAAUUUUUAUAAAAGUGAAAAAAAGGCGGCAAUGAAAAAUAAAAGAAAUCGCCAAAAGGAAGAUUCGUCGACAAAUGAGAAAAUGAAAUUAGAACGGAGUGAAGAACAAAAUGAAUAA